AAUGAAUAUGGGAAGAUAAGAAUGUUUAUCACAGCGGAAAGUACAUGCUCAAAGUUCACGAAUUAUUUCUGCCUCAGAAUACCACUACACUUUAAAAGUAAUAUCGCCCUAAAGCUUAUGAAUUGUGACCUUCUAUCAACAGAGCCUUGGCGGCUGUCGAUAGGUACUCGCCAUAUACGGACAGUUGGCGCCAGGUGGCACCACUGAGUUUCCCGCGCUAUGCAACGGCCGCUGCCGCCUACAACUUCCACCUGUGGGUUGCCGGUGGUGCUUCGAAUGAUAUGACGGCUCAGUAUGCUGACCGUGAUGGCAGUUACCAACAUUCCAACGAUGAAAAAGGCGCCAAUGCCUACGAUGGCUUCUACAAGAGUGCCAGCACAUUUCUGACAGGUGUUGUCGAGUGUUAUUCGCCGCAUGACAACAGCUGGGCAAAAGUCAGCGGACUGCCAACACCAAGAUGCCAUGCUUCUCUUUUGCGGAUCAACAAAAAUCUCUUUCUCGUCGGCGGCUUCAGUUGUAUACGUCACUUCCCGAAUGACGAUAGUUCCACAUCUUCUGUAGAUGUGUAUGACGACGUCAAAGAAUCGUGGCGUUCCGUAACGGAAGUUGAAGAGGGAAACUACGGAGCCAAUACCGUGGCUGUUGGAUCCAAAAUAGUCAUUCUUGGGAAACCUGGCCCUUUCUUGGAAUCAAGUGGUGACGUCAUAUCAAUCUUCGACACGUCGACAGAUAAGUGGGAAAUGCGGCGGAGUUUGCUGCUAGAGGCUCGAGUUGGUCAUGCGUGUUGCCCCAUUCCUGUAUCAACACAUUCCCCAUUGCGACGAGCAUUAUAAAAUGGUCCAAGUUUGUCGUAAAGUGAGGAAAAGUACAAGAAAAAAAAGGUGUAUUGAUGUUAUGUGUUCCUUUGACUGAAAUGCAAUCUUAAAAAUAUGACAUAAAGUCAAAUCAAAAGUGAAACAGCGAGCACGUUCUGAGGCAUAUUGCAACAGAGCAAAAACACCAUCAAUCAUUUUGGGUAACAAUACCAUGUAAAGUGAAACAAAUCAUGAAAAUAAAAUGGCAUAUGAUC